GACUUCUAGUCUGCUGUUUGUUUCGAUAUGAUAUUUGCAUGUAUCUUUUAUUUAUAGGAAAACAAUCAUUUUAAUACAGUCUAAAAAAAAGUUUCUGAUCGUAAUGCAUGAGAAGCUAAACAUGUUAACACCAUAAUAUUACAUUUAAUGUAAGAUAUUACCGGCCUUCUUAAAUUGGUUUUUAAUCAACAUGGCGGCCUCCGAUGUGCAACAAACACCUGACAUCUCUUGUAUACUUACCAAAAAUAUUUCCCGUAUAAAUUCAGGAAACAUGCGUUGUGGACCACAUUGUAAAGCUGGUGAAAUCAGUGAAGAUGUUUUACGUGCUGAAUUUCAUGAAAUGUUCCGUCAGUAUUCAGAUCAAAAGAAAAAAAUUGAACCCAAGAAAAUCAAGAAGAAAUCAAAAUCCAAAACUAAAGAUAAGCAUAAAUCAAAGGGAGAUUCUGCUGAAUUAUCAGCACUUCAGCCUCCUUUCUUAGCCGUUCGAAGUAAUCCUUCUUCUUUUGUUGUAUUUGCAAUUGUACGGCUAUGUGUUUUAGAAAAACAAACAUGUGAAGCUACUCGUUUGUACCUUAAAAGCAUAACAUCAAGCUUAACAGAUUCUGAAUCUGAUGAUGAUGAUGAUAACAGUAAUGAAGGUUCUAGAGUUCCAAAGAUUGUUGGUAUUGGCCUUUGUGGAGUAUUCGAAUUGAUUAAAGAAAGUCAAAAAAACCAUCCACAUUUUUGCAUGAGAGCACUUCAAGCAUUAUUAGAUAUGCUACAAGGUCAGCAGCCUGAAGGAUUGAAAGGGGAACCUCCUGAUGUUAUUGAUGCCUUAUUUGAUUUGCUAUUAGACAUAUCUUCAUCACCAUCCAUAUUGGACCAAGCACACAGUAGUUAUACUUGCAAUCUUACUUCUUUUGCUUGUGCUUGCCUUCUUAGUCUAGUAAUUGCAAGAGGUGAUACUGGCAAAUUGCUUAGUGCAGCUUCUGCAAUGCUUAUGAGCUCUCAAGCUCUUGCUUCUGAAGAAAUUCCAACUCCUGGUAUAAUGUCAUCCCUUCAAAGAAGUGUACAUGCUGUUUUGUUUGGUAAAACUAUCGGUCCUGAUUGGCUUAGCCAUGGUUUUCCAAACAGUGCUUUGUGUGGUUCAUUUUUUGUACAGAUUCCUAAAACCAAAUACAGGCAAGGUUCACCUAUUACUAGUGAUGGAAAGUAUUUGUAUAUUUUUUCUGGAGGAUCAAUUUAUAAAGUUGGCUCGGGCUUUGGUGGUACUAUCAAGGGGCAGAUAAUUAUGAGUCGUGGUGGUUUAAAAAUUGAAGAAAAGGGUUGGCUUGGCUUUUGUAAAGGAUAUUUAUAUUUUCAACCUCAAGCUGGAGCUUGCAAUGAAUUGCUCAAAAUAGAUGUGGAAACCUUGAAAGAAAAAGAACAUGUGAAAGUAGAUGUGACCGAAUGGGGGCCUUGUGCUUUUUUUACUGAUGGUGAUGACCUGGGACUUAUUAUAGCUACAAAAGAGGAUAGUUUUAUAAUCAAAAUGUACAAAACUGGUGUUUCUCCCAUGCCAUGUGUCCAUGAAUUAACAUUGAAAUUAGCUAGAAAAUGUUUAGAUGUUUUUGGUAGUGGAAUAUUUGAAGAUGAAGCUACAUACCAUACUAUAAAUUUACCUGCUGAAGAUGAACCUGUUAGUAUUGCCUGUGGCAAAGAUUUUGCUUUGCUGAAAACUGUCAGUGGAAAGAUUAUGUAUUCAGGUAAAGCUCAAAGUAUGGGAAUAAAACAAGGUGGUCCUGCGAUGGGAAAAUGGACAGAGUUACCAAUAACCAAGUCACCAAAAAUUGUUCAAUAUUCUGUUGGUCAUGAUGGUUUACAUGCUCUGCUUGUUGCUGAAGAUGGUAGUGUGUUUUUUGCUGGAACUGCUCGACGAGGAGAAGAUGGAGAUCAAAGUAAAGGCAGGAGACAGCCAAAGCCCACAAAACCGAAAAAGAUGAUAAAACUUGAAGGCCAUCACAUUGUAACAUCUGCAUGUAAUAAUGGAACUAGUGCUUUAGUGUCUCAAUCAGGAGAAUUGUAUUUAUUUGGAAAAGACACAGCUCAUGCUGAUCAUAACACAGGACUCGUCACUGAUAUAAAAGAACCAAUCAUCCAAGUUGCCCUUGGCAAAGCCCAUAUUCUUGCUCUGACUAACAAAGGUUAUGUUUAUACUUUUGGAAUAAACCAUAAAGGACAGUGUGGUCGAGAAUUCAGCCAUGGUGCAAAUAGAGAAGCUCCUUUGCCUAUUGCAAUGGCAACUGCGACUGAAGAAGAUGGGGAAGAUGAAGAUGUGGAGUCAGAAGAGCCUGAUAUUAUUUGUCCAGCUGGUAGGCAUCAAUGGAAUCAUGAUCACUGUAUGGUAUGCACAGUAUGUGGAGAAUGCACUGGUUAUGGAGCCAGUUGCAUUGCUAGUGGAAGACCUGACAGAAAUCCAGGACAGCCAUGUGGAUGUGGUGCAGGUGAUUCAGGUUGUGUAGAAUGUGGUUGCUGUCGCUCUUGUGCCCGUGAAAACGAUCAAGAUUUUGAUGUUGCUGCUGCAUGGGGCCAACUUGUUGCUGGUGGAUUAGUUGACAAUAAACAAACUGAUAUCAUAGUUUUUGAUGUCAGAUGUGGGCGUGCUGGAGUACGACUAGAAGAUCGACUUAGACGUAGGAUUGAAGAAUAUAGAAUGAGGCAACGUAGAAGGCAGGUAAUCCAAUCUGUCAAAGCCAUGAAAUCUGGUCUUGCUGGGUUGAAUAAAUUACGCAGUGAUGUUCCUGAAAAAAGCUCUCCACCUAUUAUUGAUGAUGUUGUUGGUAGUGACCAGGAGCGUGAGACGACAAAGUUGACUGCCUUAUCUCCAGCUCGGAUGCAUAUGCCAACUGAAGUCCCUGUUGUUCAGAUAGCUUGUGGUUUACAUCACAAUGUACUAUUAUGUCAAAAUGGUGAUGUCUAUACCUUUGGAAAUAAUCAGCAUGGACAGUUAGGUCUUGGGGAUUUUAUGAUAAGAGGAACUCCUACAUUACUUAAGUAUCCAUCUUCUCUUCAGUCAUCCACUAUAAUUCAGAUAGCCGCUGGCAGCUGUCACACUGUUCUUUUGAAUUCAUUGGGACAAGUAUAUACUUUUGGUAGCAACCAGAAAGGUCAGCUGAGACGUUCUCCACCAAACUCAUCAGUGGAUGAAAGUUGCCAAGAUAAGAAGAAAGCAGAACUUAACAAAGAUUUGACUUGGUGUUCAAUACCUGGUCUCAUUCCUAAUAUAGGUACUAAGUAUGGCCGUCGAGCAACUUGGGUUGGUGCAUCUGGAGAUCAAACAUUUGUAAAAAUCGAUGAAUCUCUCAUUAAUUCACAUAACCUCAGCAAAUCAAGUAUAGUCUGCAGUAAAACUUGCAUUGGCAUUAUUCCAAAUGUUGUGGAGCAAUCUUCAUCAUUUAAAAGUUUAGUUAUAAGCAAAGCUGAUGGUACUUGUCGUAGUUUCAGUUCUGAAGAUCAGUUGGAGUUGAAAGAUUGUUCUAUAUGCCUUGACAGUAUUUAUAAUGUUUUAUGGAGCUUCUGUCCAUCGACACAAAGGAUUAGUUUGUAUAAUGUUAUUGUCACAGAGCUUCAGAAUUUUUCAAACGUUGCCUCUCAAGAACCUGCUGGUGCUUCACUUUAUAGCAAAGAUUUUGAACCAUCUUUACCAAGAAUACUGAAUUCUGAACUCAUGCUUCCUUACAAGGCUGGUGUUCCAGUUAGUAGAGCCCAUGCAGCUCUUAAUAUUUUAAGCACUUUAGAUACACUAACUUCAGCUCAAGAACAGAACUUGCAAGUUCUUAGUGAUGACCGGAAGAGACAAAAUCUUAGUAAAGUUUACAGCAAAGAAGACUUUUCUGUUGUCAACAGAUUUGAUAGUCAUGGUGGUGGUUGGGGCUAUUCAGGACAUUCCAUUGAAGCUAUUCGUUUCAUGGCUGAUACUGAUAUUCUUCUGGGAGGAUUUGGCUUGUUUGGUGGAAGAGGAGAAUACACUGCAAAACUAAAGGUAUUUGAUAUUGGACCAGAAGGAGGUGAUCAAGAAAUUGAUGGGGAUAUACUUGUUGAAACAGAUGAAAUUCCUUAUGAAUGUGGGGCCCGCCACAAGUAUCCUAUGCUGUUUGAUGAACCUAUUCAGUUAUCUGCAAAUAGAUGGUAUGUUGCAUGGGCUAGAAUAUCUGGGCCUAGCAGUGACUGUGGCUCAAGUGGACAAUCUGUUGUCACUACUGAAGAUCAAAUAGUAUUUUAUUUUAAAAGUUCAAAGAAAAGCAACAAUGGAACUGAUGUUAAUGCCGGCCAAAUACCUCAGCUAUUGUAUAGUCACAGACUUUGUCUGAAAGAUUGUUUCCAUUCCUUGUUGAGGUUAUUGAGGUGGGCAUGGCAGUCCUUCAAAGCUGGAUAUUGUGAAGCUAUUUUAGGAUCAACGAUGCCUGCUGUUGCUGCACUUUUGGACUUGGAGAGACUAGAAUACAUAUGCACCUCAAGUCUGCAUUUGUUAAAAAUUUAUAUCAAUGAAAUAUACCCCAAUAGUUCUGUUUCUAAGAAAGUGCCUCCUGAAGUCCCAAAAUUAGCGGAAUGUGUCGCAGAUGUACGAGCUUUACUUCAACAUAUUCUCUCUGAUAGAUUGCCAACUGCACAAGUAAAAUCACCAUUUUCAGGGAUUCCAACAUCAUCCUCUACAUCAGCUUUGCUUGUAAAUUACUUGCAUGCAGUUUUGGAAGAAUGUCAUGAAACGUUUUUAGCUUGUUAUCAUGCAUUUUAUCCCAGUUCACAGCUGAAAUGGAAAGGACUAUGUGACUUGUUAUUAACAAUCAAUGUGCCCUGGGUUGAAGAAACAGUUGAAGGUGAUCACCUUCUAGCUGCUAUGUUAGCAUCCUUAUGUGCAUCUUCUAUUAGAUUGACCUCAACUUUGCCUGUAACAUUAGAAACUGAUCUACUAAGUGAUUCUUCACCAAUUACUCCUGAGCCGAAUCCCGAUUUAAGCCCUGGAGCUUCUAAUGGGCAUACACAAGAAAUGUCACCAGGAAUAUGUGGGUCUGAAGUCCAUCGAUACCCUGUUCUUGUUGAUUAUGUCACUUUAAGGACUGAGCGAGAAGGUUGUAAUCCUGGCCCUCAUAGCUUCAGAGAAGUGUUAGAGCGCUUACUGUCUAUUGUAAAACAGCCUUUAGAUGCCAUGCUAUAUCAGGAAAGUAUCCAACACUCUUCUAAACUGAUAACAAAUGCUUGUGCAUUCAUUGCAGUUAUUGUAGCAGAGUUAUCUUAUCAGUCAGCUGGUACUGUACUGGACAUGCAUGGAACAAGUGGCCAAGUACUGCAUGUUACUCCAUCACGUUUCACAAAAGUAAGCCAAAACAGAACAUGGAACACUGGGAAUGGUUCACCAGAUGCAAUUUGCUUUAGUGUUGAUCGUUCUGGCAUUUUGAUAUCUGGUGUCACUGUUUAUGGAGGUGUUGGAACUGAAUGGCAUUAUGAACUAGAAUUGCUGGAUGAUCAAAGUGGUGGUAGUGCUGAUCCUUCUCAUACUCAGAGAUGGAAAACUCUAGCUAUUGUUCGUGGGACAUUUGGUCCUGAAGAUUGUUAUGGAGAUGUUGCUGAAAUAAAGUUUGAGAGACCUGUUGCAAUCAAGGAAAAUGUCAAGUAUGCUGUGCGAUUAAGAAACCAUGGUUCUCGGACAAAUAAUGGUGAUGGUGGAAUGUCUCAAGUUAAAGGACCAGAUGGCUGUAUUUUCACUUUUAGUGACUGCUCCUUAAGCUUUAAUGGUACAAAUCAUACAAGAGGUCAGAUACCACAGAUUCUUUAUUACAGCACUCCUCAAGAUACUGAAAGUGUACAAAACUCUCGUGAUUUAGCUGAGCUACAGGCUAGGCGUAAUGCUUUAGCAAUUUGUAAUUCUAUUGUGAAAACAGCUGCUAAACUGUUUAUAAAAGCGCAGUCAGUUGACGAUAAUGAUGUUCUGUGUGCAUUUGGUACAUCACAUGUAGUCACUAUGCUUCUACCCCUCAUUUUUGCUCAUUUGGGUCCAGUAGCAACUUCAGAUCCCCGGGUAUAAUUUGCUCGACAUGUUUA